AUCCCCCGCCCGGAGCGAUGAGGAGCUGGGCCUUGCUGUGGCUGCUGGGGCUGUGGUGGGGGUCCCGGCCGUCGGAGGGGAAGCCCCCCCCCGAGCCCCCCGCCCACGGGGAGCGGGUGCGGCACGGGACCCCCCUCAGCUCCGUCCCCCACGACGACGCCCACGGCUUCCAGUACGACCACGAGGCUUUCCUGGGCGCCGAGGAGGCCCGCACCUUCGACCAGCUCAGUCCCGAGGAGAGCCGGGCCCGGUUGGGGCGCAUCGUCGAUCGCAUCGACGCGGCGGGGGACGGGGACGGCGUCGUGUCCUCGGCGGAGCUGCAGGCCUGGAUCCGCCACACGCAGCAACGCCACGUGCGGGAGAGCGUCGACCGGGCCUGGGGCGACUACGACACCGACGGCGACGGCCGCGUGGCCUGGGGGGAGUUCCGCAACGCCACCUACGGCUACUACCCAGGUGAAGAAUUUGGAGAUGUGGCGGACGCGGCUUCGUACAGAAAGCUGCUGGCCCGGGACGAGCGGCGGUUCCGGGUGGCCGACGAGGACGGGGACAUGGUGGCCACCCGGGAGGAGUUCACCGCCUUUCUGCACCCUGAGGACUUCCCCCGCAUGCGAGACAUCAUCAUUGCCGAGACGCUGGAGGACUUGGACAAGAACGGGGACGGCUUCGUACAGGUGGAUGAGUACAUAGCCGACAUGUACUCGCCCGAGCCGGGGGCUCAGGAGCCGGAGCCGGAGUGGGUGCGGACGGAGCGGACGCAGUUCCGCGAUUUCCGGGACCUGGACGGGGACGGGCACCUGAACGCCCAGGAGGUGGGGCACUGGGUCCUGCCCCCCGACUACGACCAGCCCUACGUGGAGGCCAACCACCUCCUCCAUGAAUCCGACAGCAAUAAGGACGGGCAGCUGAGCAAGCAGGAGGUGCUGGACAACUGGAGCAUGUUCGUGGGAAGCCAGGCCACCAACUACGGCGAGGACCUGACCCGCAAGCACGACGAGCUCUGAGGGGGCCGGAGCCCCAGCCACACGCACCCCCCUUCACCUACCGGGGCCUCGCCCCCACUGCAGCCAAAGAGAAGGUGCCUGGGACCACCCCCCCACCCCCCGCCCCGGGAACAAAAGUUCUCCUACCUCUCAGACACUUUCCCCACCCGCUCACAAAUACCAGGCCCCCUCCCGCCCCGAUCCCGUACCCCGGCCAGGCAAGCGUUGCUCCCGGAGAAACGCUCCUCAUCUCCCUUUCCCCCCUGGGCCACGGACCACUCCCCUCAGCACUCCAGCCCCCCAGGAGGAGUUAUUUAUUGGGGUUGAGGCCCCUAGUGGGCGAUCAGACCCUCCCUUUCCCAUUCCGACCCUUCUUGCAGGGGUCGGGGGCACAGGGAAUAAAAGUCUGGUCUCUAGUUGUG